UGCGCCGUGAAUUAUUAAAUUUGGACACAUCGAAGUGAGAACCGAAGAAGCUGUGCCCUAGCUACCACCCUCAAUCGCUUUCCUCCGUCGACUGAACUAAGCCACCGCAACACCGCCACCAUGAGAGGGAUUCAUUUACAGUUGAGUCAAACUCAAAAGCUCCGUCUACAGAAGGCUCUAGAACACCUCGAGUCUCUCUCUUCCAAGGUCAAUUCUGAUUCUUCAGUUACCAUUGCCGAUUCCAUCCCCGUCAACCAUGAAGACGGCGUACUCAAGGGACACGGAACCGCUGAUCUCGACGGCGAAGUCGUCGCCACUCUAUGUGGUGUCGUUGAACGUGUUAACAAGCUUGUUUAUGUCCGCGCUUUACGCUCAAGGUACAAACCUGAGGUUGGUGACAUUGUUAUUGGGCGUGUCAUUGAGGUUGCUCAGAAGCGUUGGAGAUUGGAUAUUAAUUACAGUCAAAACGCGUAUUUGAUGCUUUCUGCUAUGAACAUGCCUGAUGGUGUACAGAGGCGAAGGACAGCUUUAGAUGAGCUAAAUAUGCGCUGUAUUUUUGAGGAGGCAGAUGUCAUUUGUGCUGAAGUUCGUGGUUUUCAGCAUGAUGGCUUACACCUUCAAGCAAGAAGUCAAAAAUAUGGAAAGCUUAGUACUGGUCAACUGCUUACAGUCACACCGUAUUUAGUGAAGAGGCAGAAACAACAUUUCCAUCAUCUAGAGCAGUACGGUAUUGAUUUAAUAAUUGGCUGUAAUGGGUUCAUAUGGGUUGGGGAACAUGUUGAAGUCAGAGAUGACAUGGUAGAAGAUCAAGUGAACCAAUCUGAUCCACAGGUUUUAACUCCCAAUAAAAAUUCUGUGAGUCUUGAAGAACAAGAGAAAAAGUACACAGCACUGGAGACAAGAAAGUACAUAUGCAGGGCUGCUAAUGCUGUUAGAGGAUUAUCCACUUUAGGAUUCAUUAUAACAUCGGAAAUCAUCAAGGGAGUUAUUGAUCUCAGCCUUUCUGCGAAUCUUGAUAUACACGACAUGCUUGGUUCCGAGUUCUGUGUUCUGGUUGCCGAAAAAGAGGCAGAAAGGAGAAGCUCAAAUAAAAAGAAGCGGUAGAUUGUGAAAUCGUGGUUAGAAAGCGAAGUUUUAUUAUCCCUUUGCAGGGGUAAAAAUAGGAAAGGAAUUAUUCUAACUGUAGCAAGUCAUUUUCUUCAAUCAUGUUUGAUACUUUGUAGGGUGGCACUUAAAAGUUGGAUGGACUUAUUUUUUAUGUUAAAGCUCUUGCACCUGCUGGGAGAUGUGGGGUGAAGUGUUUUUCUGAUUGGCCGUUGCCACCUUGCUUUUCAGGAGUGACACCUACAACACAUGUCUGUUUUUUUUGUUUUUGUGCAUCAUCUUAUAUUCUUAUGGGUGGUUGUCUAUGAAUCUUCCUUUUGUAUACUAAAUCAUGGCAAAAUGAGUAUUGAUAUUUUCAUACUUUUUCUUUCAUUGUAAACUCAGACCAAAAUUUUAUGGAGCUAUUUAAAUUGUAGUGGUCUAUUAUGUCGAAA